AUGUCUCAAGCAGUUGGCAAUACCGCUCUUGCCUAUGCCAGAGUAUGGCACCAUGUCGAUGCAAGUGACCGUGUUUUGGGUAAACUCGCUGAAAGAAUUGCGUUGGUACUAAUGGGCAAGCACAAGCCCAUCUACGACCCUAGUGUGGACUGCGGAGACUAUGUGGUUGUUACAAACUCCAAAAAGGUUAAGGUUACAGGAAGGAAGUCAGAGCAGCUGCUCUUCCGAAAACAUUCGAUGUACCCCGGUGGAUUGAAAGAGACGCCGUAUAAGGACAUGAUGGAAAUUCACCCCGAUGAGAUCAUCCGCCAGGCCGUAUCAGGCAUGUUACCCAAGAACAAGCUACGUGAACGCCGCCUGGAGCGCCUCAAGAUCUUCCCAGCGCAUCGCAUGGGAAUCAUCGGCGGGAACAUCAUGCGUAGUUGGGAUGACGGCACUCUACCUCCAGAUUUCAACCCAUCAACGCCUACCACUUCGGAGACACUCAAAUUGCUCGGAAAUCAAUCUGAAAAGUUCAAAUCGUCUCCAUGA